GAUUGCUUUUAAUUCAUACCAAUUUCAUGAAAAUUCAACAUCGAUUAGCCUGAAAGGACUAACCUCAAAAUCUCGUCGACCUAACGUUCAAGGAAACGACUUGGAGACUUAUGAAAAGUUUCGUCAGAUACGUUCAGGACAUUUUUGGUCAUUAAACUUGAAAACGGUUUUCAUUAGUUUUUGAUUAACCUCAGUCGUUUCAUUUGGAUCAAUUGUAUUUAUAAGAGAAGAUAAAAUUAAAUAUUGUGUAUAUGGAUAUAUACCGUACUGAGUGGAUAUAUAAAAACGAGAAAUGAUCAAGAGAAGGACCAAUACGAUUUAACAGAAAGUGAACAGGAAAGGGGCAAGAAAGUGGCGGAGUGGGGAGAACGCAUAAAAGACAGUCGAACACACUCCUGUGGAAGCACUUGGUAGCUGACUAGUCCUUACAAAGUAGUGUCGUGAAAACAAUAAAAUAUUCCGUGUUUAGGUCAAAGUAUAAUAGAGAUAGAGAGGGGAGGAUAUACAGGAUAUCCAAUAACACCUGCGAUCAGAACGCAAAAUGUUGCGUGUGAUCCUCCUGGUGGUCGCGGCUAUUCUGGUCGUAGGAUUUCCUUCAGAUGAAUCUUCUUCAACCACAGAGUCGCCAGAGCAAACAAGGCUUAAGGAUGCCAAGAAACUAUUGAAUAAGAUUAAUAAGGAGUCUGGAUUGUGGAACAAUAAGGUCACAAUAGCUUCCUGGAAUUAUGCGUCGAAUUUGACCAAAGAAAAUCUUGCGACUAAGGUAAACGUGUCGCUACAAUCUGCUGACUACGUGAAAAAGAUGUGGCGGCAGGUUGCAGAAUAUCCUUGGCAGAAUCUGUCAGAUCCUGAUCUUAGGAGACAGUUCCAGAAACUUAGUGUACCUGGAUUGGCGGUUUUGCCAGAUGCGGCGUACGAGGAACAUCAAAACAUCGUCAGCAGCAUGGAAAAUACUUACAGUACUGCAAAGAUUUGUGAAUAUAAAAAUCCAAAUAAUUGUGAUCUUGCACUUGAACCAGAAAUUACGGAGCUUCUGGCGAAUAGUCAAGAUCCGGAACAACUCAAGUACCUUUGGGUAGAAUGGAGGAAGGCUUCCGGUGAAAAAGUCAAAUCGCUAUACCCCAGAUAUGUGGAACUGAGUAACACUGCUGCUCAAUUGAAUAAUCUGUCCAAUUAUGCUCAAUAUUGGUUGAAGGAUUAUGAAGCUGAUGACUUUCCAGAACAAGUUGAUGCUCUCUGGCAGCAACUGAAGCCUCUUUACUUGCAACUACAUGCUUAUGUAAGACGACAACUCAGAGAAAAAUAUGGCCCAGAAAUUGUAUCUGAGGACGGGCCCAUACCGGCUCAUCUUUUAGGAAAUAUGUGGGCCCAAGAGUGGGGAAGUGUCAGUAAAAUUUCAGUUCCAUUUCCGGGAAAGCAGAUCCCGGACGUCACUGCAAGAAUGGUAGAGCAAGGAUACAACGCCACAAGGAUUUUCCGUCUCGCUGAAGAAUUUUUUGUCUCCUUAAACCUAACCAGAAUGCCAGAUCUCUUCUGGAAGAAUUCAAUUUUAGAGAAACCUAAUGAUCGUGAGAUAGUCUGUCACGCAAGUGCUUGGGACUUUUAUGAUGGCAAGGAUUUCAGAAUCAAACAGUGCACCAGAGUUACUAUGGAUCAUCUCCUGACAGCUCAUCACGAGAUGGGACACAUCGAAUAUUAUUUGCAGUACAAGGAUCAGCCAAUAGUUUAUAGAGAAGGUGCUAAUCCGGGAUUCCACGAGGCUAUAGGUGACGUUAUGGCGCUGAGUGCUUCAACACCAGGACACUUUAAGAAAAUAGGAUUGCUGGAUGAUGAUUCAGUGGAUACUGAAGCAAUCAUUAAUAAUUUGUAUGUUAAGGGACUAGAAAAAAUAGCCUUCCUACCAUUUGCUUAUGCAAUGGAUCGUUGGCGCUGGAGUGUUUUCCAAGGAAAGAUAAAAUCUGACGAAUACAACUGCAGAUGGUGGGAUAUUGCAGAGGAGUAUCAAGGUAUAGAACCACCAGUUGAUAGAUCUGAAGAAGACUUUGAUCCUGGAGCAAAAUACCACAUAGUAGCUGAUGUCGAAUACAUUAGAUAUUAUGUCAGCUUUGUUAUACAGUUCCAAUUUCACAAAGCUCUUUGCGAAAGAGCUGGACAAUAUGAUCCGCAGAAUCCAAAACUCAAGCCACUGCAUCAAUGUGAUAUUUAUCAAAGUAAAGAUGCUGGUGCACUUCUUGGAUCUAUGCUCCAAUUGGGCUCUUCAAAACCAUGGCAGGAUGCCAUGGAGCUUAUCUCAGGUCAAAGGGUAAUGGAUGCCAGUGGCCUUUUGGAGUACUUUAACCCAUUGAUAGAAUGGCUCACAGCUGAGAACCAGAAGACUAACGAAUACAUUGGUUGGAAACCAACUACAAAACGUUGUGUCAAGACCCGAGCUGAAUUAAUAAAGUCCAAUAAAACGAAUUCUGACUGUAAAUGAUUGAGUCUCAAGGAAACUUAAUCGAAGCAAUUGAAUGAUUUUUAUGUGCAAUGC